AGUCUAUAGAGUUUAGUAUAUAGACAGAAAAUUUGAAACAUUUCAUUGUCUGAUUUAGAUUUAUGCUGGUUGACGGUGGAGGAUGAAAUUCCAUUUGAAGACUCUGAUACCUGGCAAGUUACUUGUUUCUCUCAUGAUCAUGCAUAGGAAAUCAGCUUCUGCCGAGGAUCGUUACUACAACUUGAUGAACAACGGCGAUGCAUCGGAAAUUGCGUUAACUGAAGAUUACUGCAACGAAGGUUACACUGCGACCUGUGACAAAUUUCAUUUGAAUUUUUACAAUCUUGUACGCUGUAGAGCAGAUUACGUGAAUAGCCACCAACUACAGCAAGAUCAUCCUUGUGUGAUUGACAUUAUUCGUCGCAAAUACCUGCAUUCUCCAUCAGCAGUAAAUGGUUCUGUCUUCGUCGAACGCACUGACGUCAUUGAUCCUUCGGCUGGACAAUCUUCCAUCGUUUUGCCGCAUCUAAACAACAAAACGGGAGGAUUCUUCGUGGAAUGUGGAGCUGGGGAUGGCGAAACUCUAUCCAACACUUACUACAUGGAGAAGCAGUUGAAAUGGCAGGGUGUCCUCAUUGAAGCCGAUCGAAAGUCCUUUAGUCGAAUCCUGGCCAGUAAAAGACAAUCUUACGCCUUACCUGUCUGUCUCAGUCUGAAGCCUUACCCAACUGAGGUUUCCUUUUACGAGGAUGGCAUUGCCGGUGAAAUUUAUGGCGAUAAAAUUUCCAAUUUGGAGGAAAUAACAACGAUUGAAAACAUUGCGAAUGUUCAAUGCUUUCCGUUGUACUCGAUCCUGUUGGCCGUCGGCCGAACGCAAGUGGAUUAUUUCAGCGUCGACGUGGAGGGCAGCGAAUCUCAAAUCCUAAUGAGCGUCCCGUGGCACAAGGUCGACAUCAAGACAUUGACGGUGGAGGUGACGUCGAGGAGACAGGUGGACGUUGAUUCUCUUACCAAAUACAUGGAAAAGCAGAACUAUAAGAAAGUGGGCCUGAUGGCUGGCUUGGGUUAUUAUGAUUUGAUUUUCGUUCAAAACAAAGAGGAACGUCAUAUCUCUUUUGAUCGAACUUAAUUACGGUAGUUCUCUUUUGAUUCUGUUGAUUGUACCUUGCUCGAGUUUUCCUUUCUUGUGAUAUUCAGUGUUUGAGAAUACAACAGAGAUUGACUUUUA